AUGGCAGCUUACAGUUGCUUCGUGCUGCUGAUGCUGGUCAUGGUUGGCGGCUCUGGUAAAGAACCGACUUGGGGAAAGCUAGGCAAGGUUGGUUUUGCCAUCGGUCGCAACUCUCCUGGCUUGAUUCCGCGAAACCGGAGUCACUUUGUAAAGGAUGUGCGGCGUGCCCAGAGGGAUUACCUGAAGAACUAUGAAGCUGUUUCUGGCCUGGAAACUUCAAAGACCAUGGGCUUGCUUUAUGAAGGCGGGUCAGCUGCCGAGUUUGCGUUGCCCACUUCACUUCGUGCCGACAGCGGGAGCGUUCUUGCCUUGAAGUUUUUUGGCCACGAUGCCAGUAUAGCGGUGGCAAAGGGUGGCAGGAUUCAGUGUGUUUUAGAACUGGAGCGCCUGUUUGAGAUUCGAUACUUUUCGCCAAGCGCCGAUUCUGACGACCCCGCCUACACGUGGUUUUCUGCGCUUGAGCUGGUACAGAAGAAGUGCGAGUGCGAAGACGGAAUCUGCCCCACUAGCUUCGACCAUGGUGUUUUGGUAAAUUUCGGUACUCGCCUCGGAGCUCGUUGGCAAGUUAAUUUUCCAAAGCUGGUCGAAGAAGUCUUCCCUGUCCGCGAGUGGAGGAAUGUAAAUCACCAUGAAGCCCAUGCAAUGCUGGGGUAUUUUGCUUCGCCAUUUCGUUCCGCGUUCAUUCUGUCAUACGAUGGCGGCGCGAAUGACGGUGAGUCCACAGCAGGUCAGCGCGCAGCCGCGGCGACGAUUCAGUCGGAGUUUGAGCGCUUAGUGACCUCCAAGGUCCAUGACUUCUUGACAAGGCUGCAGACAGCAGAGGCGGAUGUGGAAGGCAUUGUUCUGACUGGCGGCUGCGCACUGAACGUAGUGGCCAACCAGCUCAUCCGGGAUCACUUCACAGAAGCUGUAUCCAUCCAGCCUGACAUCAGGAAGCCGCGGGAUGUCUACGUGCCACCUGCACCGAACGACUCUGGCUUGACAGUCGGAGCUGUCUGGGCCGUGACACCUCCCACUGGGCCCCGGCAGCCUUUGCAAUACCUCGGUUUUCGGCUAUGGGAUCUUGACAUCCUGGAGCAGGAGGCACGACAAAGGGGAGCUCUUCGGCUCUCGGAAUUGGGCGGCGUGGUCCACUUGGCUGAGCUACUCGCUGGUGGUCCUGCGUGGCAGGCCGAGACUGCCCGACGGCCCCGCGAGCAAAUUCGCUUCUCGAAGCCCAUCAUUGCCGUGGUGCGCGGGAGGCAGGAGUUUGGCCCCCGGGCCUUGGGCCACCGCUCCCUGCUUGCAGUACCCGACUCGGAAGCCAUGCGAGACCGAAUGAAUCGGCUGAAAUUUCGACAGUGGUACAGGCCAGUCGCGCCGAUGAUUGCCGAGGAGGCGCUUGAGGAAGUCUUUGGCCACAAGUACACUUCUUCUUACAUGGAGUUUGCGCCUAAAGUGCUGGAAGAGGUUCGUCGUCGCUUCCCAGCACUGGCACACUUCGACGGCACCGCAAGGCAUCAGUCGGUCAGCCGCGCUGACGAGCCCUGGGUGCAUGCACUGCUGCUUGCUGUUGGACGAUGGACCGGUCUGGCCGCUCUCAUGAACACGAGCUUCAAUUCAAAGGGAAAGCCGAUCGUAAAUUCCGUGAAAGAGUCCCUUCAGAUGUUGGACGAGCUGGCAGAUCUAGAUUAUGUGCUCAUCGAUGAUUGGCUCUUCCGGGCUCCGUUCUUAAAGGAGCCAGGAAGACUUCCUGAUGAGUCAAAUUCGGUGCAGGCGAGUCACGUCGGACCGGUCUGA